AGAAAUAUCAAAUAAAAUGAAGUAAUUAAUAUUUAUAAUGAAAUUAUAGAAAUGUACGUUAAUUAGUUAGUAUAUUGUUUCUAUGGGUUUAUUUAAAUUCCAUUCAAAAUUCUGCCAUGUUUAAAUAUAAAAUUUACGCGGGAAUUAGAAUAUAAUGAAGAAAGUUAAAAAUUCACAAUUAAACAAUGCAAAAAUUAAAAGUGCUCUUUACGCGACGUCUGGACCAACGCCGCAUGUGGAAGUUCGGGCGUACAGACCUAUAAACAAUGACAAAGAAAGAAGUGAUUGUGAUUUACGAAGAAAAAAAUAUGGAUUGGUUCAUGAUUUUUUACCGAAAACUGUUACUAGUGACGAUGAAACCAUUGAUGUUCGAGAAAAUCUCAAUUAUUCAAGAAUUAAAAAGAAUGCAUCCAAAGAAAGUUUUGCGAAGAAAGACUUAAGCAAAGAAAGAAUAAUAGUAAAUGAAACGGAAAAGAAAUGUUAUCAUCAUAAACAACCAACAAUACCAAAAAUUUGCGAAAGUGAAAUUUCUUACUCGCAUUUAUCAAAAUUUGAUGGUAAUCGCCCUAAAAAUGAACGAUUUUGUAAACAAUCAAAACCAGAUUCAAAAUAUACUAAACGUAAUCUUCCAUCAAAGUACAAUGAGGAGACAUAUCAAAUAGUAGCUAAAAAUAAUAAUGAGCCUUCAUCAACAACGAAUUCUUCGGGUUUAAGUACUAAUAUAUCAGAAUACCCGGACGAUGUACUUGAAAUCUACCGCGACUUAUAUCUAUAUCGUAAAAAAUUAUUGAAGGAGAAAACAGGAGAAACAUCGACAAAUAAAAUGUCUUCAAAUACAGGAAUUUCUUCAACAACUCAGAAUACACAAGAAUUUAAUUCAGAAACUACAUUGACUAGUUCAGCUACAAAUGCACAUUUGGUUGGAUUGCAACAAAAAGUUAAUGCACCUGAUGAAACAAAAAUUGCAAUCCAAUCGGAACAUGCCAAAAUCCAUGAAAAACCAAGAGAAACAAUGAAAAACAAAGAACACCAGUAUCCAUUGGAUAAGUAUAUAAAUUUCACAAGUAAAAACGUUUGUAAUGAACUCGAACUACCUCCAACCUGUUCCGAAUUAACUCAAACUGAAAUCGAUACAGAGAAUAUGUUAAUAACAGUGGACGAAACAUUAGAAUCAUUACAGCUCGAUAUAGAGACCUUUAUUAAUAGAACAGUAGCGAAAUUUUCUAAUUUAUCAACAACAAAAUAUUCAGAUGAUGAAAAACUUCAUGUUAAUCGAUUGAUUAACAAAUGGAUGACAGAAAAUGGAAUGAAUCGCGAAAAUAAUCGUUUGGAUAAAACAUUUCUUAAAUCUGCAGUUACAUCCGUUAGCGAUGUUCCUAAUUCACAUAAACAUUAUAAUUCUCUAAAUACUGUAACUGAUAUUGUAGUUAAUGCAAAGAGCCAAGGUAUCAAAAAUAUGCACACUUGUGAUAAAAUUCCUACUCAAAAAUUAAUUAAAGAAUCUAAAAAAUCAAAACAAAUUAAUCAACAACAAACCCAUCAUCAUCACCAUCACCAUCAUCAGCGUAGAGAAGAGCUCAAUGAUAGAUCAAAAUUAUCACAGACAUCAGAGAUGGCACAGGAAAAUUUAAGCAAAGAACCAUUAAAACCAACCAAUAAUUUAAAACGCUUAAUUAAACAAGAUAUGCCACCAAUAAACAUUCGAAAUGCAUUAAAAAUUCAACAUACGGGAAGUAUAAAUUUAUCACCAAAUGAAAUUCAACGAGAUCAAAAAUCCACGAAUAUUGGUGUAUUUAAUAUAGCGCAUAUUGAUUCAACCUCAGCUAUUCCUAAAGAGGUGCCUGUGGUAAAUAAUUGUCUACACAAUUCUGAGGUUGAAGAAAGAACUGCUACCGAUGCAAUCUCUUCAAUUACUUCUGAUACAGAGCUUCAAGGCGUCAUUCAAACAACUUUUAUUAUUCCUGACACAGCAAUAAAUUAUUUUGGAGAAAAUCAAGACAAUAAUAUUGGAACACAAUUAAGUUCUACUUUAAAACCUGGCGAUGUAACUGUAGAGAAUUCUAAAGAUUCUCACAAGACCACGGAAGAGUUUCAACAAAUAUCAGAAGCAAACUCAGCUACAAAUAAUGGAAGCAAAAACAAUUUAAAUGAAAAAACAAAUGUUAUAAGUAUGAUACAAACUGAUAAUACAAAUGAAGUAAAAUCAGCACUAAAUAAUAGAACUGUCACGAAUUAUCGUUUAAAUGAGAAAUCUCAUACGAGUACGAUUCUGUCUUGUAAUACAGCAGAGGAAACUCAACAAACAAAUGAAGCAAAAUCACCGGAAAAUGAUGGAACCAUAAAAAAUAAGAAUAUUCUUGGAGUAUUUGAAACCAAUACCAAAGUUCUGACAGAAAUUGUUGAUCUACUAAAUAACAUUAAGCAACAGAAAUGUUGUUGUUUAACUAAUCAUAACCAUGAGACAAAUCGAGGUGUUGAUCAACAUUCUAAAAACGGUCAUCAAUUGAUCACCAAAUCAAUAAAAAUGAAUCAAUGUAAAAAUAGUGAUGCUUCAUUAAAGGGAAGUUCUACAAAUAAUUCAGAAUUUCAUGGUAUUGAACAAGUAACAAAUAUUAAUAAAGAUUCAGAUGAUUCUGAACCAACAAACGAAAAUGUAAAUUCAUUACUUCAAUCAUCAAAUUCAGAUACUUCAUCUACCACUGUGUUUAAUAAAGCUAAUUUGGAUUCUCAAUCAAAAUAUUUGAGGAAAUCCCCUGCUUUACCACCGUUAAGAAAAGUUUCUUUUACUAAAACGAAAAAAAAGAAAUCGCAUAUCGAAUCUAUUCAAUCACCAAAAUCAAUUACACAAUUUGUACAAACUGAUAAUCCAAUUACAUUAACAUCAGAUAAAAUUGAUGAUAAUAGCAGUCAAAAAGUAAUCGAUAAGUUGAUAAAAGACGUUAAACAAAAUGUUGAUAAAGAAACUAAUACUGGAAUGCCAUAUAAUGUAGCAGGUUGUUCAAAUAUGUCUCAAACAACAUUAAACUCAAUCGAUCAGGGCAAAAAUAUUGUUAUAAACAUAAAUCCUUCGUCAUGUUCAAAUAAUGAUUUAGUAAGACGAACUUUUACAGAAAAUAUAGCUAAAUUUAAGGAAUUUGGAGUUCAAACUGACAUAACUUCUAACAAAAAUGAUAACCAAUUAUGUUCAAUCCUGCCUCGAAAGCAACCAGAAAUAGAUAUUAUACUUGAUCAAAUUGAUAAUAAACAAUCAAAGUCAUUUGAAAUUGAAAAUGUUGUAAGAACUUCUCCAGUAGCAAGUUAUCAGAAAUCAUUAGAACAACAAGCAUUGAAAAAUAUGUCGAAAGUUGAUGAAAUCUGUCAAGAUAUGAACGCAUCCAUUCAAACUUUACUUGCUGAAACAUCUUUAAAACCUAGCCCAUUUAAAAAUAUUUCUAUUGAAUAUCAGGAUUUUGCAAAUCAAUUUAUUUUAGACACGGUGAAUUCUGUCCGUAUUCCAACAGCAGCUAAUAAUCCGACUAUUAAUACCAUUAUAGAUCAAAAUAGCGGUGUGGCCAAUAAAAAACAAGCGUUCAAAAAUAAUGCUAAAAGUUAUCGAAACAAAAAAGUAGAUAAUAGUAAUUCUUCAAGUUUAUACACAACUACUUCGUUGUCAGAAGGUGAAAUUAUACAGCCAUGUAAUUGUAAUUGUAGUUUAGGAGAAAUUCAUAAAUGUACAAUAGCAAAUCCUCUGCCAAGCCAAAAAUCAAUCAAGAAAUCAAAAAAAUCGAUAUUAUCUCUGGAAGUAGGAGAGUUUCAAAAAGAUAAUCCACAUUUAAGAAUUCAAAAAACCAGACAACAUUAUAAAAAUUGGCAGUCAAUUUACACAACCUCACAGAGUUCUAGUUCCGUUGAUGAAUCCUCUUAUUAUAGCAAAUGA